AUGAUAGGAACUGCUGCAGUAACGAAGGGAACUGCUGCAGUAAUGAAGGGAACUGCUGCAGUAACGAAGGGAACUGCUGCAGUAACGAAGGGAACUGCUGCAGUAAUGAAGGGAACUGCUGCAGUAACGAUAGGAACUACUGCAGUAAAAAUAGGAACUGCUGCAGCAACGAUAAGAACUGCUGAAGGAACGAUGGGAACUGCUGUAGUAAAAAUACAAACUGCUGCAGUAGCGAUAGGUACUGCUGCAGCAACGAUAGGAACUGCUGAAGGAACGAUAGGAACUGCUGCAGUAAAAAUAGGAACAGCUGCAGUAACGAAGAGAACUGUUGCAGUAACAAUAGGAACUGCUACAGUAACGAUAAGAACUACAACAGUAAGUAACAAUAGCAACUACUUCAGUAACGAUAGGAACUGA